GGUUAAACUAAAUACAUUCCUACAUCGACUGGUACAGACCGUUCAGUCGAUUCAUUCUUCCAAGCCCUAGGUCGACCAGAAGAAGAGCUCUCUCAGUCUCCCUCUCUCUCGUCUCACCUCUCUCGGUUAUCUUGCGUAGUAGUUUGUGGUGAGGAAAGCAAAAAGCAGUGGACUAAUGGGUUCAUCAGCAACAGAGGCUUUUCCUGCAAUGCAGGAAAUCUUUAUGGAAUUUCGUGCUGGUAGAAUGAUUAUGGAGGGAAAACGUGUUGUUCCAGAUCCACAUAAAGGGCUUGUUCGCAUGGGAAGGGGUGAAGAGGGAUUGGUCCAUUUUCAAUGGCUUGAUCGCACUCGUAACGUUGUCGAAGAUGAUCAAAUUGUUUUCCCUGAGGAAGCAGUUUUUGAGAAGGUUACACAAGCAUCUGGAAGGGUUUACAUCUUAAAGUUCAAUACCGAUGAUAGGAAGUUCUUCUUUUGGAUGCAGGAGCCAAACCCAGAAGGUGAUUCACAGUUAUGUGACUUGGUCAACUUCUACAUCAACCGGCCGUUAGAGUUUCUUGGUGAGGAAGAGCCCGACGCUUCUGUUCCGUUACAGAGUUCCGAAGACAUAGCUGAUGACGAUAUCUCAUCAAGGGCUGGAAAUUUGGUUGGUUCAAGCAUGGGCACAGAAGUAACUAGUGAUGUAACCUCUUCGGGACCUGUAAAAUUGGCAGAUCUGCAGAGAAUAUUGAGUAAUAUUGGGCCCGCAGUUGUAGGUGAAGUUGAAGAUCCAGAUGCAGGUUUUGGAUUAGGAGAUAUUUUGAAGCCUGAUUGGAUAUUCCCUUUGCUGGAGAAUAUUCCAUUGGAGGAGCGGCUGGUGUCCUAUUUACCCGAGGGCCAAUGGACUUCAGAGGAGCUAAUCGAUUUACUUCAGAGCCCUCCAUUUCGCCAACAAGUGGAUUCAUUUACUUAUGUGCUUCGAACCGGGCAGAUAGAUCUGACACAGUUUGGAAUUGACCCAAGUAAAUACAAGUUUACAGUGCUCUCUUUCCUUGAGGCACUAGAAGAUUCUGUCCCGAAGAUUUCAGAACCCGAGCCCGAGGAUUCUACACAAGGCGAAAAGGAUUUAAUAGCCGAGACUAGUAACCGUGGUGAUCCUAUGGAUGAGGGAAGAUAGUUGAAGCCACUGCUGGUGUUUGUUGUGGAAGUAUGGAGUUUCAUUUACUUAUAGUCACAUUGUCACAGAAGUCAAAGAGAAGCAGCAGUCGAUUAGGGAUUGGUUUUAUUACAAAUUGUCACCUGUCUAAUUAAAUCUCAGUUAGUUGAUACACUAUAAUUGCUCGGAAAUUGAGAUGUUGAAAAUGUUUUGGAGGAUCACCAAUUUUAUUGGUGCCUGGUAUAGAUACGUAUAAUGUUUUUAAAUUGGGAUAUGUAUCGUGUAUUGUUUUUCACUUAGUUCGUGUUGAGAUACGUAUCGUGUAUUUUGAGAUACAUUUGCUGGAAGAGUAAAAGUUUCUAUUGUGUAGUUGGACAAUAUUUUUGGAAGAUGGAGACUACUAAA